UCUCAUUAUGAUAUUGCUUUUAUUAUUAUCAGUUUUAUUUGCCGGUUCUUUGGCACAGGUACCGCUUUCGGAGUAUCCUCACUUCGAACCCGUGAAAAAUUUCGAUACAUCAAAGUUUUUAGGUACUUGGUAUCAAGUUUCAAGAACUCCAAAUCAAUAUGAAAUCGAUCAAAAAUGCUCAAUAUGUGGCUACCAUUUUCAUCGAAAUACUCCACUAAUUACUUACCUUGCUUCAACUGAUAUUAAAAGCGGCGAAUACAGUAGGUUGGUAGCUUCAGAUACCGAAAGAGAAUCAUAUUUAGCACAAUGGGAUUUCCGUUAUCCUGCAAAUCUUAAAGAUAGUAAUGGUGUCACAUCAAUAAUAGCUACGGAUUAUAUUAGUUAUGCCAUUAAGACACUCGUUCAACCAGCUCAAAACGGAAAACCCGGCUGCGAAUUGAUUGUAUGGAUUCUUUCGAGAGAGAAAACACUUUCAAAGUAUUUCGACAAAAUUAUUUCGAAUGUCUUGGAUCGAAACAAUAUUUCAUCUAGUAUAUUAUCUCCAGUAGAUCAGAGUUAUUGUCAUAUAGAAUAAGUAAAUUUAAAAAAAAAAAAAAUUAAAUUAAAACCUAGCUGUUAUAUAAUCUUAUUGUGAAAGUAAAAUUUGAAAAAUAAAAAAUAAUUUUUGUUCUUACCUUGCUAAAUUCUUCUAUUUUUUAUUCAAUUUCAAUCUUCAAUCUUUUAAUGUCCAUGUGACUAUAGCUAGU